GCAGACACAUUACAAAGCCAAAUCUGUGAACGGGGAUUUCGGGGGCCCUGUCGUUUCUUUGGAAAGGCUCAGAUGUUGUCAACGUGAGAGAAGAAGUUGGCAUGCUCACAAGGCCACCCCCACACAGCGAGAGCUCCAGGAAACCAGACUUUUUAAUUUCAAAAUAAAUAUCAGAGCGGUUUGGAGCACACGGCGCACAUCACACGGUCCUCUGAAAGUCAUGACCAAAACUGGAGGAAGCAGGAUGAGCGCUAAAGGGAGCCAAGGGAUCCUCUGUGAGGAGUGAUCUGUGCUCACCCACUCCCUUCCUUGGCUGACUCGCUCUGGCUCUCGGCUGGAUCUCUCGCUCAUUCGGCUCUCAUGCCUCUGGACGGCGCAUGCAUGCGCUCCUGCCUUGCUCCCUCGUUGACGUUCUGCAAAGGAAACCCAGAAGAGCCAGCCUUGUUCCUAUAACAUUAGAGCCAUGAAAUUCCACUUCUACUUCUUCUUCGCAGUGCUGAACGGGGGCAUCUCAACCUAUCGGCCCAUGGAAGUAUCGCCUUGUGAAAUGAGAAACAUGGAUGCCUUUUGCAACAGCAGGAACCUAGAUCAGAUACCUCCGGCACUUCAUCAAAAUGUAAACAAAAUUGUCCUUUCUGAGAACAAGCUUCAGAACAUCACAGAGAGGCCGCUGACUUUUUACACUUCUCUCAGACAUUUGGACUUCAACUCCAACCACAUUGGCUUCAUCAAGCCGGGGAUCUUCUCCAGCCUGAGAAGUUUGGAGGAGAUCCAUUUGGCCAACAACCAACUCUAUCGCAUGGCUCAGAGCAACCUUUGGGUUGGACUCCUUCCCCACGUCAGGACAUUAGAUCUGUCUCGCAACAGGCUCUACAAUGGGAUGGCCGAACACUUCCUUCACAAAGCGCCGUCCCUUCAGUACCUUUCCCUGGCAGAGAACAGCAUUAUAGAAAUUUCCCAGAAAACCUUCCAGGGCUCUCCCUCCCUGAUCGAGGUCAACCUUCACAGCAAUAUGAUCAUGGAGAUAGAAGAGGGAGCCUUUGAGAGUUUAUCGCAACUCUCCAAACUCAACCUCUCUAUGAACUCGCUCACCUGCAUCGCUGGUUUCGACUUGAAGCAGUUGCGGAUUCUUGAUCUCAGCCGGAAUAGUAUCGAGAUCUUCCAUUCCACUGAAUCCAAGGAUGAAUUCAACCUGAUUUGGUUGGACUUGAGUGAGAACAAAUUGCUCCGCUUCCCAGUUCUCCCCCAGGUCAACAAGCUGGCCUUCCUGAACCUGACGAAGAACAUCCUCCAGUCUGUUCUGGUGGAGUCCCUUGGUGAGGAUGAGGACUAUAACUGGGAAGACCCAUCUCUUCCUCUCUUGGGUCAGGAUCAGAAAAGCAAUGCCAGUUCUCCACAUUUGCCUGAGCUGUUACAUUUGGACUUGAGUUACAAUGAGAUCAAGUCCAUCCCAAGUGACUUCUUCACUUCCAUGUCUAACCUUCAGUUUCUGAACCUCAGCAAAAACUGCCUUCAGACUUUUGUGGCAAAUUCUGAGCUGGUCUCACUGGCCGUUCUUGACAUCAGUUCCAACUCUUUACAAGAUCUAGAGGUGGACGUCAACACCUUGGGCAACUUACAAGAGUUCUACCUUCAAGAAAACUAUCUCCAAGCACUACGAUCGGACAUCUUUAAAGGCCUUCCACAUCUCUGGCUGCUUAACCUCCGAAGCAACAACCUGAGUCUUUGCAGCUUCCAAUCAAGAUUGGCCAGACAAAGACCUGCAGCUGAAGAAGACGGCUGCAUCUCCUUUGUUGAUGUUCCUGAGCUUCAGCAUUUAUAUCUGUCAGACAACAAGUUGAAGAGCAUCCCGGUGUAUGGUUUCUACAGGACUCAACUUGUAGCUCUGGACCUCUCUAUGAACUGGGGACUUCACAUAGAUGCCGAAUCAUUGUCUGGCUUGGAACUCUCUCUCGAAUACUUGGAUUUACAUGGGAAUGGCAUGACAACUCUGAAUGUCAAUUUCCCCCUUUUCCCUAACUUGAAAUAUCUCAAUCUCUCCGACAAUCAGCUCAGCUGGUUGUCUCCUUGGACUGAGGGCUGCUGUGCCUUGGAAGUUCUGGACCUGCAAUACAACAGCUUCAGCAAUCUGAAAAAUAGCAAGAUCCCAGCUUUGGAAAAUAACCUACGGAAUCUGUACUUAGCGGGAAACCCGCUCAGUUGCUGCGGAAACAUCUGGCUCUCCCACAUGAUCCACAAAGCCACUGUGGAGAUCCCCAACUUAGACCUAAUCAAGUGCCAGCAUGUCAAGAGUUUUGGGUACAAAGAAGAAGAAAUGCAUGUGGUCAAUAUCAGGCCGGAAGACUGUGAAAAAGAGGACCGCAAGAAGAUGAGUGUGCUGAUUCUACUAGCGGUGGCCCUGCUUUUAUCGCUGGUGGUCAUCGGAGUAGCCGUGUUCUGUUGCUAUCGUCGUCACAUGUUUGGACGUCACUACAAGGCAUAGGAAGUGCGCUGAUUCUCCAAGUGCCUACACACAUUGAUGCUCCUCAGCCACUUUCCACUGGACAACUCAUGGCCAGUUGUAGUGAUAGACUUAAUUGAAGAGCAUACAACGUGAUACAAAACUCCUGUUUGUGGUCUAGGAUCCAUGAUGAAUCCUUCUCAUGCGCAAAUAAUCCCUGUAUGACCACGUUCGUGAGAAACUGCUCUAAGACAGUUCUUCAGAGGUUCCUCUGAAGCUCAUUGAGAUAGAUUGAGAAGAAUGUGCUGCGGUGUUUUCUGAACAUUUACAUAUCCAGAGCUCCCUUGGGUUUGGUGGAUUAAAAUGGUGGAUUAUUCACUCUUACAUUCCAAAAAUACACAAUCAAAUUCCCUUAAGACCAGAGCCAUUGCUAGUAGAAUACAUACAUACAUCGGUUCCCAGAAUAUUUGAUGGGUCCUUUCCUUGAACUGGCUACAGGUUACCUUUGUUAGCAUUACUUUCCAUUUUUCCACCUCUUCUUUGCCCAGCAAAGCCAUGUGUUGGUCUAACUCAGUGAUUUCCAAAGUGGGCACCACCGCCCCCUGGUGGGCGCUGGAGCAAUCCAGGGGGGCGGUGAUGGCACUUUUUAGGACACGGGGCGGGGCCAGGGGAGGGGCGGGGCCUCUUCCCAAGUGCCGGAGACAGGGCUGAGCACCUGAGGUGCCUGUUAGGACACACAGGAGGCGGAGCUAGAGGAGUGGGUGUGGCUUCUUCCCAAGAGCCCAAGACAGGGCUGAGAAUCUAUACCUCUCCUGAGGCACUUGUUGGGACACAGAGGGCGGAGCUAGGGAAGGGGGCGGGGCCUCUUCCCAAGAGCCUGAGACAGGGCUGAGCCUCUAUACCUCUCCUGAGAGGCCUUUUAGGACCAAAGGGCGGGGCUAGGGAUGGGGGCGGGGCCUCUUCCCAAGAGCCUGAGACAGGGCUGAGCCUCUAUACCUCUCCUGAGAGGCCUUUUAGGACUAAAGGGCGGGGCUAGGAGUGGGGCGGGGCCUCCUUCCAAGAUCCUGAGACAGGGCUGAGCCUCUAUAUCUUUCCUGAGAGGCCUUUUAGGACUAAAGGGCAGGGGCUAGGAGUGGGGGCGGGGCCUCUUCCCAAGAGCACGAGACAGGGCUGAGCCUCUAUACCUCUCCUGAGAGGCCGUUUAGGACUAAAGGGCGGGGCUAGGAGUGGGGGCGGGGCCUCUUCCCAAGAGCACGAGACAGGGCUGAACCUCUGUAUACCUCCCUUGAGGCACUUGUUAGAACACGGGGGUGGGGUAUAGAGGUCAAGCCCUGUCAGGCACUUGGGAAGAAGCCCCUCUUCCAUCCCCGCUUCCUGUGUCCUGGCAGGCACCGCAGGACAGGGAUAGAAGCUCAGCCCUACCUCUGAGCUCGUAACUCCGCCCAUCCCAGUCCUGGCUGCCCAUUUGUGGCCUCGCCCACCUCCCCUCACAGCCCUGCAUCUUGGACUAGGGGAGAGGCUCAGCCCCGCCCACUUGAGAAGGAGCCACGCCCACCCCUCUAAGCCACGCCCCCCUUUCCAGGCGGCACUGAGUCAUAUUUUUUCUGGAAAGUUUGGGAACCACUGGUCUAACUUCUUCCAGGAUUGCAGUGAGUCCCAGUUGCCCAUUAUUUCUUACCUUGCGAUCACAUCACAGACCAGAUCUUGGCGGCAAAGAGGGACUGAUGCUGCAUAAGGACACCACCUCGUUGUAGGGUUAGUUCAAUUUUUGAAGCAUAUCUAACCCCACAAGUGAUGGUGAGCUUAUGUUUGCAGUAACCUAAGGACAAAGGGGGAGAGCAGAAGGAGGAGAGAGAAACCGGGACAGUUUAAAAGCAGGUGGAAAAAGUGGGACAGCAAAGAAUUAAUUCCUGCCAAAAUCAGGAAAGUCAGGAGAACGUCAAUGGUUUCUCCCACCUUUUUGCAAUGUCCUCCUAGACUACCAUAUUGUUUUCCUUGUCUGCUCGCCAUUCUUCCUGCCAUCCCUUGAUUACUGUUACAAAUCCCUGUGGUCAAACUCCUUAGCUCAGAUACUGUGUUAUAUGGUUGCCCCAUAUGCCAUAUUUGUGUAUUCUUGUUUAUUCUGAUCACCUUCCGGAUGAAACUGAUACAACAGGACCUCAUCUUGGGCUUGAUCCCAAUCCUGUCGGGACUUCUAUUGCUCGGCACACCUUUCUUUUUUGCCUGCCUUAAAUCCAAUUAUAGAUACCUCAAAUGCCUCGUAGGCUGCAUCAACUAUCAGCACCUUGGUUGAUGGGACAUUUUGCACAUUUUCCUGGCGAUCCCUCCGAAUCGGAACAGGUGAAGGUUUUUAUUGCUUUAAAAGGGGACGAUCCGGGCAUUCGUACAUUUGUGGUAAUAAACGACUGAGAGUUUGUAA